AUGAGUGAAGUGUUAGUUGACCAGACUCGGACCUUGAGCACUGAAGAAGCAAAGGGGCUGCAGUUGACCCUGAGCGAUGAUACCGAUAACAUGAUUCUCGAAAACAGCAUGCAAAAGGCGGCGUGCCAAAGCAUUUGCAAGGAUAUGAUGUUCAUGGGCCAAUGUGAUGACGAUGAGGUUGGAGCCGGAGAACUGCUCUAUUCUGCAACGGAACGGUGUCCUGUUGUGCUCGUCUAUCGUGAAGACGAGCAGGAAGAAGAAACUUUUUCUGAGUCCAGCAACAAGAAGAAAAAUACUCCAACCAACCGAAAGCGAUCACUCUUUCGUCGCAGAUCGCAGACGAGCCAAGCAACAACAACACCAACACCAACACAAAGAACCCCCGAAAAUGUUGAUGUGGUUUUCGUUGAGCAAGACAGUGAGGCCAGCAGUGAAUGUGCCAUAGAAGUGUGUUCGUCACCUUCGAACGAAGUCGAUGAUCUAUGUAACAGACAAGGAUGGCCACGAACAUAA